AUGAGCAACAUAUUAGUCGGAAAGAAUGUAGCCAUCGAAUACGGUACAGGUUCUCUCAAAGGUGUUCUAAGCAGUGAGACUGUCAAUGUUGGUGGAAUUACGAUAACCAAUCAGUACUUUACAGAGGCUCUUGCUACCAAGGAGGCUGAGGAUCCACUUCUGAAAGCGCCCUUUGAUGGUAUACUGGGACUUGGAAAUCCUCAAGAUUCUGCUACAAGAACUCUUUCUGUUUGGGAGUCGAUGAUAAGGCAAGGUAAGGUUAAGAAGAAAAUAUUCUCCAUCUGGCUUGGAAGACCUUCUCUCUUUAGAGCAGGGAGGGGGGAGAUAACGUUUGGAGGUAUAAACUGA